AUGGCCGCUGAUGCAGAGUCCACGCGACCCAACAUUAUCUUCAUUAUGGCCGAUGACCACGCCUCCAAGGCCAUAUCCUGCUACGGAGCUGCAAUCAACCAAACCCCAAACCUCGACCGGAUCGCCAAUGAGGGGAUGCGCUUUGAUCACUGUUAUGUCACCAACAGUAUUUGCACGCCAUCGCGAGCAGCCAUCUUGACCGGCACGCACAACCAUGUAAAUGGCGUGAUGUCCCUCCAUUCGAAAAUCCAACGGCACACUCCGAACGUCGCGAAACAGCUCCGAGGGGGUGGCUACCAAACCGCCAUGAUUGGCAAGUGGCACUUGGGGGAGGGGAAAUUACAUGAGCCCACGGGAUUUGAUUUUUGGUCCAUCCUCCCGGGGCAAGGCGAAUAUCAUGACCCCGAGUUCAUUGGUCCCGAUGGUACACAUGUCGUGGAAGGAUACGCUACGGACAUCAUUACAGAUAUGACUCUCGAUUUCAUCAAACGUCGAGACCACUCCAAACCGUUUUUCGUCAUGUGCCACCACAAGGCGCCGCAUCGGAGUUGGGAAUAUCAGGAGAAGCACAAAGAUCUAUACCAAGAUCCCAUCCAGCUACCUGAUACCUUCUCGGAUGACUACAAAAACCGAGCAAAGGCUGCCGCAAUCGCUAAAAUGCGGGUUUCGGAAGACCUGUCAUACAAAGACCUUGGUCUCGCGCAGCCUGACGGUGAUCGAAGAAAGGUCGGAGAGAAGAUGGCUGGUGGUAUGCGGAAGGUUCCCUCCCCUCCGACGGACGAGGAAGUUCGAAAGCUGAGGCUCAUUGACAAUGAGGACGGCACCGUCUUCCGCUUUGAAUCCAAAAAGGAACUGGCCGAAUUCAAGUUCCAGCGUUACAUGCAACGAUAUCUCCGUACCGUUCAGAGCAUUGAUGAAAAUGUUGGCCGAAUCUUCGAACUGCUCGAUUCGGAUUCUGAGUUAGCAGAUAACACAAUUGUCGUCUAUACAUCAGACCAAGGAUUCUUUCUUGGUGAACAUGGAUGGUUUGACAAGCGGUUCAUUUACGAAGAAAGUUUCCAAAUGCCGUUGAUGGUUCGAUAUCCCAAAGAAAUCAAAGCUGGCACCGUUUGCAGUGACAUUGUCUGCAAUGUGGAUUUUGCGCCCACAUUUUUGGAUUUCGCCGGCAUCACCACGCCAACCUACAUGCAGGGCCGAACAUAUUGGAUGCAUAAUGACGCCGAACACGAAGCUUAUGCCCACUACGGAGUGCGCAAUCAUCGGUACAAGUUGAUUUAUUGGUACAAUGACGAUCUGCUCGUCGAUGGAGCGCGGCCAGGAGGCGAGGAUUGUCGUGAAUGGGAGUUAUUUGACUGUCAGGAGGACCCGCUCGAGUUGUUCAAUUGCUAUGCGGAUCCGAAGUAUGGGGAGGUCGUGAUCGAAAUGACAAGGUUGCUUGAGAAGAAGAUGAUGGAAAUUGGCGAUGAACCGGCCCAUGAGAAACUUGCAGUUCAAUAG